GUCAAACACCCAUCCCCCUUCAAAGAAAAACAAACAGAGAACACUUCACUUUUACCUGAUUAGAUAGGCUAAUUGACGGGAAAAUGUUAGCAUUAUGUGAUGGAGAUGUUGGAGAAUGAGCUUUAUACGAGACAGUCGUAUCAGCCAGAGCCUAAAGCAGGCCCUGAACACAGAGGAAGACGUCCAGGACCGAUUCCUAGCCGCAGAAGAUGAAGAAUUUGACACCUUGAGUGAAAACCUAACGCUUAAAAUCGACAAUCAGGAAGUAGUCAAACCAAAAACUGAAAGAAAUGCUGUCAUAUCCCUCACGGGAGACAACCCAGGCACUCGAGGUGUAAUAUUUGAAGUUGUCAAGGCAGAGAAAGUGAACGAAGGCAGAUCUUCAUUUGUGAAAUACACAUUGUCUGUAGGAUCAGAGGGAGAAAUUGGCAAGACGCCAGGGAUUAUAGAGAAAAGAUAUUCUGAUUUCAAUGAUCUUAACUCAAAACUAAGGAAAAGGUUUCCAAAAGAAAUGGAACACAUUUCAUUUCCAGGAAAAUUAGUGAUACGCAAUUUCAAAGACGAGACAAUAGCGCAGAGAAGCCGAGCAUUUGAACAGUACCUGACGCAUCUAUUCACAAUAGACUCUGUGCGAUUUUCUGAUGAAUUUAAAGAUUUCCUUUACCAAGAGAAAUUUAAGGAGGGAAUAGAGAGUCUCCAGAGAGGGGAAUUUUCUCAUUGUGUAAGCAUUAUGGAAAAAUACCUCCCUGUGCAGGAGAGACUUCAAGGAGAUCAGCACAGCGAUGUGGUGUGCACGCUUUGUGUGCUGUCAGCAUGCCACCAAAAGCUAAGCGACCAAGAGACAGCACUGAAAUAUGCUGAGUCAGCACUUUCAUGCGUGAGCAAUAACCAGACGAGUGUGUUCCUGGCCCCUCUACUGAGUCACACGAUUUACCUGUGCUGGUUACUGGGGCGUGAAAAGACACACCUGGAGACACAACUGACAGGACUCAGAGACAAGGGAGUUAAACCUGAAGAACUCCUGUCGGUGAUAUUAAACUAUACCCGAUUUAACGCUAUAUGGUAUGAGGAGAAAUGAUGAAUACCCUUAUAAAAUCAUGCAGUUGUAAAUGGUAAUUAUAAGAGGAGCUGAGAAGUUCCCUGUUAUAAUCAGUGCAGGUGAAUACUUGUAUGAAUUAGGCAGUAUCUAAUGUUUUCUUACCGAGUCUCAUCAUAUUAUGAUUGUUUUAUUUUGUUAAUAUUUUGUGGUGGCAUAAUACCGGUAUAUAGACAGAUUUCUAGGAAUGACAGCUGAAUAUCAUGAAUUGUUUUGUUGCUAUAUUUAAUGUCAUUGUAAUUUUUGUUUACACAGUAACAAUCUUUAUAUAUUAUAUCAAAUCUUAUUUACAUAUUUUGUUAUACUGGGAGAAUAUGCUAUCAUAUGUUGAGGAAAUAAUGAAAAUGGAAUGCAAAAUAUAAUGUUAAAUUGUAAAUAUUUCGUGAUAGACAUACAAUGCUUUUUUUUGUAUCUUUAACAUUGAAAUAUUACACAUUAAAAUUAUAUGAAUAAACCA